UAGAAACACAGUUACGAUCCGUCAAAUGUUCUGAACACAACGUGCCGCAACAACGCAAACGGGAAAUAUUCAAUAGAUCCUGCUCAAUACCAAAGCAACCCAACUGUGAUAGCUACUACAAGUACUUACUUUCAACAUGUCUGCCGCAAACAAAGUUAACCAUCUGGUCAGUGCCACAUCGCGCUACAUUGCCGGACGCAAUGCUGUGCAAACUGUUUACUGGAGGACAUCCGCCGGACCGAAUCCCCGCAUGCUAAAGACGAACAAGACCUGCGAAUUUGAUCGUAGCACGGAGGCGCCACGUAGCGUCCGUCUGCAGAACUACAAUCGCACCUACAUCAGCAAAUAAGUUGUCACCUAACAUGGGCGACAAUUCAACUAGUUCCUACAUUCUAUAUUUAUUGUACCUAUCGAAGUGAUGGAGUUGCCUUCGUUAUUAUGUGCCGAGGCCGGACAAAUGCAACAAGGCAUAGCCUUGAGUUUAAAAUAAAAUAUUAGACUAUCUAAGUAGUUAAUCACAACACGA